UGACCACAAAGUAAGUCUAACUCUAACUCUUGCUAACAUAGUUUCUAUUUUCCUUCAUUUGCAUGAAGUCCUUAUUACUUCUUCUGAUGUUAUGUUAUGGGAAAAUACUUCCAAUUAUUGUAACUCUACAUAGAAAUCAUACCUGAAACUUGUUUUAAAGUCCUUAUUGAUGUAUUUUUCCUUCGACCGUCUCUACCUUUCUGUUGUGCAGGAUGGCCGCUCCAGAUUCUCCCUGGAUGUCCGGUGGCUGGAGGCCACCCUUCAGCCAGAAAUACCAGGACUUGUGGGCCCAAGGUCACAGGCAUCCAGGGAUCAGGAGCACCAGUCUUCCAGUCUCUUCCAAGCAGGACAGCAGGAUCGUGGACUCGGCUGUUCCCAUGGUGACCGACAGCUGCGGCGUCUACGGAACGUUCUACGUGGACCUGAAGGGCAGCAGCCUGAAGACCUUCAGCAGUCCGGGACGCUGCCCUAAAGUGCCUCACGCCUUGCCUCACCAGCAGGGGGCGGAGACCAUCCAGAUCUUCGCUCAGCCUGACUCCAAGUCGUCGUCCCUCAGCAGCCAGGACGCUCUGCCCUGGAAACAGGCCAUACGUCCUCAGCCAAAGAUGGGCGUCCUGAGGGAGUCAUGGGAGAAGAAACCCCACGGGAAGCCAGAGCUGCAUGCAGUGAACAGCGUGCCGGUCCUGUCCUCCAGAACCCAGGCCGGUCCCUCCAGAGCCUGCAAGCAGAGACUCAGCCACGUGCCAGCAGGACGCCACGGUGGAGCGUCGCAGGGCGGGGAAGCAGCUGCUGGCUCUCGCCUGCUGCAUUACUCUGCCUCUCUGCACUUAGUGGACCUGCUGCCCCCCCCACCGCUGAUGGCCGCAAACAGAAACACCCUGUCCUCAGACGAGGGUUCCAGUCAUUCCACAAAGCUGACAGAGGAUCUGGGCUCCAUCCCAUCAAUUAGUCCCCCGUCAGGUUACCAUGGACAAGCAGGACCCAACAAGCACAGCGGCGCCCCCUACAGUCACCUGUCUGCUUCAUCCUACUCCACACUAAUGGAGGCUGAUCAGAGUCCCUCCCUGACGCCGCAGGAAGCCACUGAGUACCUGGAGCUCAGUCCUAACCCUGAGAGAUUCAGCGUCCUGCCAGAGCAGCGUCCCUCCCUGCCCCACAGCUUCACCUCCACCCUGGGGAGCAUCUGCGGGCCGGUCGGCUCGGCCGAGUCAGAGGACGGCGCGGCGGCCGCCGCCGCCAGAGCCCAGCCGUUGCCGGCGGCGCUGCGUCAUUCUGGGCUUCACAGCUCGCCGUCCUCCUGCUACAGUGACUGGGACAGCUCCCUGUGGAACACCUGGAGCUCGGCCAUGGACAGCAACAUGGACAGCAACCGCACCAGCCUCAUCAGCUCAGUGGACAGCUGCUACACCAACGACAGCGCCACGUUCGCUCGCCUGCUGGCCGCCGCCGCAGAGACCAUGAGUGCAGCCUCGCUGACGGACUUCUCGCCGCCGGCCUCCCCCCUCAGCGCCUUGUACCCGCCGUUCCGUUCGGACGGCGAUGCCUUCGGGGAGCUGGAGCCCAUCCCCGCGUGGGACUGGAGCCUGGCCUGGGUGGAGGAGAUGGACGCGCAGUACGGAGCUCACUAUCCCGGCAGAAACAGGAAACCCUUCAACGCUUAGACGUUUUUGCUGUGACCCCUCUCUUUUCCUCCAGAACAAUGCAGAGCAGACUGACCCGAUGCUGCAGGUGGAGCGUUUCACCAGCCGGGUUCUGAAGCUUCAUUAGAAGCAUUUCACUGACACUUCCACUGGAGAUGCAAGCCUCAUGCUGUUUGUAAUAGUUUUUCUCUGUGUUUUUUUUUUUUUUUUUUACCUCAGGGCUCUUCAGCUACUUCUUUGAAUCUCUGUAAUGACUUUCAUGGGGCUGUGGAAGUGUUUUUUUUUUUUUUUGUGUGUGUGUGUUUUCGAAUUGUUUCCCUGAAAA